AUGGUCUCCUCUCACUGCUAGUGGGAAACCCUCUGUUGUCUAAUUAAGACUCAAUGUCAGGUUAUCUAUUCCACAUCACUGGCCACAGAGGAGAAGCACUUUCACUGUGCAAAGCAGCAAGCAGAAUCUUCACCCAGUAAGGACCAAGAUGUGAAAUAAAAUGAAGACGAGAGGGCAGACCUUGAAGCAGUACGUCACACCAGCUGAUCUCUACCUGUGGGAAACUUCUUUUCCAUUUCAGUCUCAAGAAAUUCACCAUUUGGACUGAUCAAUGAGUCCUGUUAAAGGUUAUCCAUCACUUCAAGGCACUGAUAGAGCUUGAGAGCUGAGCUUUUUACAACUGGUUGGAAGGAUUGCCUUGCUGUCUCCCUGAUUACACCAGUCUCCCUCUGGGAGAGAUGCAGUGACCUCAUUGUGGAGCUGAAGGACCAGUUAAAGGUUUCAAAGUUAUUUCUUCAACUGAGUUCUCCUGGGAAAUCAGCAGAGAAGCAUCCAUCGCCUGCCAUUAUUUUGAUUGUGCCUGUCUUUUAACAGUGGAAAUAAAUUGUGAUAAAGCCAUGCCCCUGUAGUGGAGGUGUACAUCGGAAGAAGCCUAGUUUUUAGAGAGCAUGAUGGACGACGGAUUUGGGAAUAAUUCAACCUUCUUCCAAGGGGCCAAGGACAUUGCCAACGAGGCCAAGAGACAUGGAAGGAUGCAGGACUCUUACACCCGAUAUGAAGGUGGUGGGGAGUAUGCCUCACAUGAUGGUGGUUAUUACCACAGUGGUGAGUCUCAUGGGCAGGAGGACGCUGACAGCGAUGCCACAGAAGGGCACGAUGAAGAUGAUGAAAUCUAUGAGGGGGAGUAUCAGGGGAUCCCCCAUCCUGAUGACAUUAAAGCCAAUCGGAUGGCUGCAACCCAACCCAUUCCAGAUGAGUACAGGGACCAAGCAGACCUAAUGGCGGAGCGUAUGAAGGAUGAGGAGCAGCUGGCACACCAGUAUGAGUCAAUCAUUGAGGAAUGUGGACAUGGACGCUUUCAGUGGACACUCUUCUUUGUGCUAGGCUUGGCCCUAAUGGCUGAUGGAGUGGAGGUGUUUGUGGUAGGCUUUGCACUCCCCACAGCGGAAAGGGAUAUGUGCAUGUCAAAUUCCAAUAAAGGAAUGCUAGGGUUAAUAGUGUAUUUGGGAAUGAUGCUUGGAGCCUUCAUCUGGGGCGGUCUGGCAGAUAAAAUGGGCAGAAGAUAUUGUCUGAUCAUCGCCUUGAGCAUCAAUGGAGUCUUUAUUAUUUUCUCAUCGUUUGUCCAAGGUUAUGGCAUCUUCCUGUUCUGCCGGCUACUUUCAGGAGUUGGCAUUGGUGGCUCCAUCCCCAUUGUCUUUGCCUAUUUCUCUGAAUUCUUGUCUCGUGAGAAGCGAGGGGAACACCUCAGCUGGCUCUGCAUGUUCUGGAUGAUAGGCGGGAUUUAUGCAUCUGUGAUGGCCUGGACCAUCAUCCCACAUUAUGGCUGGGGUUUCAGCAUGGGUUCAUCCUUUCAAUUCCACAGCUGGCGCCUGUUUGUCGUUGUGUGCGCUAUUCCUUGCCUCUCUUCCCUCAUUGGUCUUGUAUUCAUGCCGGAAAGCCCACGCUACUUACUGGAGAUUGGGAAGCAUGACGAAGCCUGGAUGGUUUUAAAGCAGAUUUACGACACAAACAUGAGAGCAAAAGGCCAUCCAGAGGCUGUGUUCACGGUCUCCCAGAUAAAAACCCCAAUACAAAUGGAUGAAUUCAUUGAGAUUCAGAGCUCAACUGGAACUUGGUUCCAGCGUUGGCUGGUCAGGAUUAUGACUGUGGUGAAGCAGGUCUGGCAGAACAUGUUGCUUUGCUUUUUACCCAAGUACAGGAUGACAACUCUUUUCCUGGCAGUGGUUUGGUUUACCUUGUCCUUCAGCUACUAUGGACUGACCGUGUGGUUCCCGGAUAUGAUCAAGUACUUUCAGAACGCAGAUUAUGAGUCCAGAAUGAAGACAUUCCAUCAGGAGAAAGUUGAGCACUUCACAUUCAACUUCACACUGGAAAACCAGCUUCACACAGAGGGACAGUACAUUGAUGUCAGAUUCAUUGGGAUAAAAUUCAAAUCCAUGACCUUUGAAGACUCUCUAUUUGAGGAUUGCUACUUUGAAGACGUCACAUCAACCAACACCUUCUUCAAGAACUGUACCUUUGUGGACACUCUGUUCUAUAACACAGAUCUGUUCAAGACAAGGUUUUCCCACAGCAAGUUUAUAAACAGCACAUUCCUACACAGCAAGGAAGGCUGCCAGAUUGACUUCACCGAUGACGCUGAAACUGCCUUCCUUACCUACUUGGUCAGUUUCCUUGGAUCUUUAGCUGUGUUGCCAGGGAACAUUGUAUCGGCCCUGUUUAUGGACAAGAUUGGAAGGAUUAAGAUGAUUGGAGGAUCAAUGCUGUUGUCAGCCAUUACCUGCUUCUUCCUGUUUUUUGGGGACAGUGAAUCAGCCAUGAUCGGAAUGCAGUGUCUGUUCUGUGGGGUCAGUAUAGCAGCUUGGAACGCACUGGAUGUGAUCACUGUGGAGCUGUACUCUACAGAUAAAAGAGCAACAGCGUUUGGAAUUCUGAAUGGCCUCUCCAAGUUUGCAGCGAUACUGGGUAUAUCAAUAUUUGCCUCCUUCGUGGAGAUAACUAAGGUGAUCCCCAUCUUGUUGGCUUCUAUCGCGUUAGUAGGAGGUGCCCUGCUUGGUCUCCGGCUUCCUGAGACCCGGGAGCAAGUUCUGAUGUGAGGGUCUUCUCCAACCCAUUCUGGACUCACAGUAUAUGCACAGCUGCUAACCACUAUCCUUACAGCCUAAAGCAUCCACUCCACCAUCUGUGCUUUCUGAGACUGGACAUACCUGUGGUAUCUGUACACUCAAUAUGGUUUCAUGUAGCUAGUUAACAUGUAUUUACAGAAGUUGUCCUGUACACAUACCCUUUAGGCUGGGACGGGGGAGGUCAGAAACCAUCGGAAGUGUUUUCAUUGCUCAGUGUUGCACACUCCUAAUUUUAAAUUUGUUAAUCCCAUACCCUACAUACAUCUGGAUUUGACCCUGCUCUCAGUUAAUGGGUCCAUCUAUGGAUUUUCAGCCAUGCAUACUUCAUGCCAACUUGGUAAGGUGUUGACACCUUGGGGGAGAGGAAUCCAUGUCCCUCCCCAUUGCAGACCAUAACUAGCAAAUUCUGUUGUCCCUGGUGAGAUGGUAUAUACUUGAGGCCCCCACAAUCAACCAAAAGCCUGACUGUUAUCUCAUGUCUUCUCCUUCUGAAAUGGUGCACCAUUGGGAUGUCCUGAGUUAACCUGCUAACUGCACAAGAUGUGGACCGGGCCUUUGCCACAGGAUCCAGAAGGAUUGUCAGCGCUGUGUUUGCGGUUUACACUCGAGUGAAACCAGCAGUUGGGCAGUGGGUCACAGUGGCACAUCUGGUACAGCUGCUGCCUCACAGUUCCAGUGACCCGGGUUCAAUCCUGACCUCUGGUGCUACUUGUUUGGAGUUUACAUGUGUGGGUUUCCUCCAGCUGGUCCUAUUUCUUCUCCCAUUCCAAUGAUGUGAGGGUUGGUAGGUUAAUUGUCCACUGUAAAUUGCCACUAGUGUGUAGGUGAAUGGUAGAAUCUGGGGAUGGGGAGGGGAAGAGCUGAUGGGAAUUUGGGGAGAAUUAAAAUAGAUUUAGUAUAGAUGGGAGCUUGAUGGUUGGCAUUGACUCAGUGGGCCGAAGGGCCUGUUUCCAUGCUGUAUGACUCUAAAUGUAGAGUUGUGGGCCUCUUGCAACUCCCUGAGGUUAUCAUGUACUAUUACAACAGUAGACCCCUGGGAUAAAAUUUGCCCUCUCCCACCCCCAUCGACAAGACACAGCAUGAGAAACCAGCUCUGCCACCACAGUAAUCAGUGAGGUUGAGCUUGAUUUAUUGAUUACACUUGUUCCCAGAUGAAUGGAAGCAACCUUGUUUCUCCCAGGCUCAACAGACUCAGCACUGUUGCUGGAAUCUGUAAAUUCAUGGAUUUAUGGCCACAUUCCCAAGGUCAUGGUGCAGGGUUCAUGUGCUGACGUUUGGAAGAAGGUUGGGAGAAUGGGCAAGGAGUGGCGGAUGGAAUCCAGCACAGGGAAGUGUACGGUCGUGCACUUUGGUAGAAGGAAUAAAGGCACAGACUAUUUUCUAAAUAGGGAGAGAAUUCAGAAAUCAGAGGUGCUAAGGGACUUGGGAGUCCUAGUGCAGGAUUUCCUAAAGGUUAACUUGCCAGAUGAGUCAGUAGUAAGGAAGACAAAUGCAAUGUCAGCAUUCAUUUCGAGGACUAGAAUAUCAAAGCAAGGAUGUGAUGCUAAGGCUUUUAUAAGGCGUUGGUCAGACCACAUCUGGAGUAUUAUGAACAGUUUUGGGCCCCAUACCUAAGGAAGGAUGUGCUGGCAUUGGAGAUGGUCCAGGGGACGGUUACAAAAAUGAUCCCAGGAAUGAAGGGGUUAAUGUACGAGGUGCAUUUGAUGGCUCUGGGCCUGUACCUGCUGGAGUUUAGAAGGAUGAGGGGGGAUCUCAUUGAAACCUACCGAAUUUUGAAAGGCCUGGAUAGAGUAGAUGUGGAGAGGAUGGUUCCAGUAGUGGGAGAGUCUAGGACCAGAGGGCACAGCCUCAGAAUGAAGGGACAUCCCUUUAGAACAGAGAUGAGGAGGAAUUUCUUCAGCUAGAGGGUGGUGAAUCUGUGGAAUUCAUUGCCACAGAUGGCUGUGGAGGCCAAGUCACUGGAUAUAUUUAAAGCGGAGGUUGAUAGGUUCUUGAUUAGUAAGGUCGUCAACGGUUACAGGGAGAAGGCAGGAGAAUGGGGUUGAGAGGGAAUAAUAAAUCAACCAUGAUCGAAUGGUGGAACAGACUUGAUGGGUCAAAUGGCCUAACUCUGCUCCUAUGUCUUAUGGUCUUAAACUAGAGUCUUGCUUAUUUUUCAUGUGGACAAGGAUGGAAGAAAAGCAGCUCAUCCUCCCAACAUCCUCCUAUUACUGACACCAAGAAACAGAUUUAGUCCAGAAGGAGGGUCUCAACCCGAAAUGUCGACUGUCCAUUUCCCUCCACGGAUGCUGCCCGACCCGCUGAGUUCCUCCAGCAUUUUGUUUGUUGCACAGGUUUACUGGUCAUUGAAAUCAUUGCUGUUUGUGGGCAUAUUGCAUAGGGAAUAUCUGUUUACAGAAGUCCACCCACCAUUCCAGCAAAUAAAAACUAAGCAGAAGGGCUUUGAUACACUUCAGUAGCUGCAUGACUCAUUAGUAAGUCAUUCUGUUGGCUACCAGGUUCCUAAUCAGUGCAUUGUCCUCUGUACCAGAAUUCAAUGUGACGUUAGAACCUCACACGUGGGUGAAUGCGCAAAGUCUUUUACCCAGGGAAACGGAACCAAAAACUAGAGAGCAGAGGUUUAAGGUGAGAG